AUGGAUAGGGGGUUAUAUUAUUUGACAUUGCCUUUUGCACUAGUUCGUGAUCGUGUCGAUGUUGCUUCCAUCCUUCCAGAGUUUUGUGCUAUGAUGUCUACUCAAUUUCAGGCUCGAGUCAAAGUAUUCCUGACUCAUAAUGGAGGAGAAUAUGUGAAAAAUACUUUGGUUUAUUUCUUCCGUGCUCAAGGUAUUAUUCACCAAACGACAACCCUUUUUACCCCUCAACAAAAUGGUGUGUCUGAAAGGAAGAAUCGAUAA